CCAAAAUCCGCCAAAAGUUCAGUUGUUCGGGUGGUGUUAUCAUGUGCACACUGGUAGCUGGUGCCACCCCGUAACUAUAGUGCCGCUUGAAGUUGCGAUCUUAGUGAAAGUGUCGCGUUUUGUGUGGAACCGGAGCAGUGGAAGUGGAAGUAACAGAUCUUGAGGAGAGAACGUGUGUUGCGGUGGUGCUGUCCCACUGUGAUAUCCGAAAGGACGUGUGCAGCCAUGUGCUAAGGAGCCGGCCGGGACACACAACCCGUGAAAGGAGGAUACCUGCGCACGCUCGCUCGCACGCACGCAUCAAACCCAUCGCCAUGAAGUUCCGGCUCGGAAGUCCGCUGCUUCUGGCGGUAUUCUUUAUCAUAGUGCUCGUUGCCGAUCAGAUACGAUGCGACGACGAACCGGCAGCGGAGUCGGUCAAACCGAUCAAACGAAAGUCCAAAAAGAGCAAGACGAAAAAGGCGCUGGCUACGAAAAAUCUGAAAAAAGUGCGCCCCGAUCGCCCACAGGCCGAUCGUCCCCAGGCCCAAGCGCCGGAGUACGAUUCGGCAUACGACUAUGGCGACAACUACGACUACGGGACGGAUCCCGAUUAUGAUGCAGAGAAUGGGGGUACACGCAGUCCAGACCCGAGCUUCCGGCAGCCCGAUGACGAAGUCCCACGCGUCUCAACGACAACGACUACCACACGUGCGCCCGAGCCCGAAUCGAUCGUACAGCCCUUCACUUGCUACUACGAAGGGAAGUGGUACCGGGAGGGAGAAAUGUUCGAGUCCGGCUAUCAAGGUUGUGCCACAUGCCGCUGUCGCAACGGUUCAAUCCAGUGCGACGAGGCGGACUGCCCACGUGUCAUCCCGACGACCUCAACUACCACCACCACUACGACGACCACAACCACCGAGAAGCCGGAGUUCGAUGCAUCGGCCGUAGGUAAUCGACUUCCGGCAGCUCCCAGUGGCGAGCCGGGCACACCAGGUGAGGCCGGACAGCCUGGAAUUCCCGGCACUCCCGGCAUUCCUGGACCUCCGGGACCACCCGGUCCAGCACCCGAUCUGACGUUCUACACGCAGCAACUGCAAGAAACGAUGGGUGGAGCGGAUAAGGGUCCCGGUCCGGAGAACUUCCAGUUCAUGCAGGCUCAGGUCGGUCCUGUGGGCCCUCGGGGUCCUCCCGGUCCGUCCGGACCGACGGGACCGCAAGGAUUCCAGGGUUCGCGUGGUGAACCGGGUGAACCUGGACCCUCCGGUGUUGGAGGGCCACCCGGUCCACGUGGACUGCCCGGCCCGCCCGGAAAGGAUGGUGCGGCCGGUGAUGAUGGUGAGGUGGGACCGCAAGGUCCGGUUGGUCUGCCAGGUCCACGGGGACUUCCCGGUAUGCCCGGUGUUCCUGGCUUGAAGGGACAUCAGGGGCUACCAGGGCCUGAGGGCAUGAAGGGAGAAACGGGAGCGAUCGGUGAGAAGGGAUCCGUUGGAGCUACUGGACCGGCCGGUGUACCCGGGGCAAUUGGACCUGCUGGACCUCGUGGUGAACGAGGGCGCGAAGGACCGCCUGGACCUCCCGGACUGCGCGGCAUUGAUGGUAUUGCUGGACCGCCGGGACCUCCGGGCCCCGUUGGAAAGCAAGGGCCUCCCGGCUUCCCUGGUAGCAACGGCGCUAAGGGUGACAUGGGAGCAGCCGGUCCGAAAGGUAGCCAAGGCCCGCAAGGUCCACGCGGUGAGUCGGGACGCCCAGGACAACCGGGAGAGCCCGGUCUGAACGGCCCGCCAGGAAAAGAUGGAGCAUCCGGCGAGAAGGGAAGUCCUGGAUCGCCCGGAAUUGCGGGUCCACCCGGAUUCCCCGGACCUCGAGGAGCUCCAGGCGCCAAUGGAAGUCCGGGAGAUGCAGGAGCCAAGGGUGAGCCCGGACUGCCGGGCGAACGUGGCUACAAAGGGGAAGCCGGCAUUAAGGGCGAAGGUGGCGUGCCCGGUCCACGUGGACUUCCGGGCGCCGUCGGUCCAGAAGGAAAGCGUGGCAAACGCGGUAUGAAGGGUCCAACGGGUCUUCCCGGACCGCAGGGAGAGCGGGGCCUGCCUGGAUCUCCGGGUCUUCCUGGACCGGAUGGAGCGCAAGGUGUGAAGGGACAGUCGGGAGAUCGCGGUGCAAUGGGCCCUCAGGGUCCGAAAGGUUCAAGUGGUGAUCCCGGACCACCGGGUUCGCCAGGAAUUCAAGGUUUGCGUGGACAGCCGGGACGGCCCGGUGCACAGGGUAAGGCAGGCUCGACGGGUGAGCGGGGACUGCCCGGUGCCGAUGGUAAGGUCGGUGAGCCAGGACCUCAAGGAUUGCAGGGAUUGCCCGGACCGAUGGGAUUGCCCGGUGAUAAGGGAUUCACCGGCGAGCCUGGCAAGGAUGGUGACAUUGGACCCCAGGGACCAGUUGGGCCGCGGGGAGAUGCUGGCAAGGAUGGGCCGCCGGGAAUUUCCGGACCUCCGGGACCACCCGGAAACGAUGGGGAUCGUGGACCGCCAGGAACACCGGGCCCGAGAGGAUUCCAGGGACUGCCCGGAACUCCAGGCAACCCGGGAGCGCAGGGUAAGGAUGGACAAAAUGGACCACCAGGACCUCCUGGACCUGCUGGCCAAACGGGUAUACGCGGAGAGCGUGGCUUCCCGGGAGAGCGAGGACCAGUUGGAACACCGGGUACGCCGGGAGUUCGAGGAGAGCCGGGCGCACAAGGAAACGAUGGACCACCGGGAUCUCCGGGUCCAAACGGUAUGAAAGGACACCAAGGAGCUCCAGGAAUGGUGGGUCUUCCGGGACUUCGAGGCCCCGCCGGACCGGCAGGAGAAAAGGGCGAACGUGGUAGUUCUGGACCACCAGGGCCGGAAGGACCUGCCGGACGUGUGGGCGAACGAGGACUUCAGGGUCCAAUGGGACCUACGGGACCACCGGGAGAGCCAGCCGAGAAGGGUGAACCAGGAAAUCCCGGCACCCCAGGCGAGCCGGGAGCACCGGGAGCGGUUGGAGAACGUGGCGCAGUUGGACCGCAAGGUUUGCAAGGAUUCCCCGGACCGCAAGGCCCUGUGGGAUCUCCUGGAGCUAAGGGUGAUCGUGGAAACAUGGGCCUGAAGGGUGAACAAGGUAACUCCGGACUUCCGGGCGUGCCGGGUGAACCAGGUCCACAAGGAUUGAUCGGCUUGACUGGCUCGAAGGGAGCCCGUGGAGAGCCAGGCUUACGAGGAGAUACGGGACCGAUGGGAACGCCCGGACGUCCAGGAGAUCAAGGACCAAUUGGACAAACGGGCAAUCCAGGAGCACCAGGAACACCGGGCACUCCAGGUCUGAAGGGCAAUCCGGGAGAUACUGGCCGACCAGGCAAUCCAGGCCCACCGGGCAUGCCCGGGCAGCAAGGCGCAGAAGGCAUCAAGGGUGAGGCAGGCAGCGAUGGACCUCCAGGACCGCCAGGCAACCAAGGACCACAAGGAGUACCGGGCGAUCGUGGACUACCGGGACUUCCCGGGCCGAGUGGAGCGCAAGGCCUGCGAGGAAUGCGUGGAGCAGCCGGUGAGCCAGGCACUCCCGGAAAGCCAGGAAACGAUGGACCACCGGGCGCACCGGGACAACUGGGACCUCCAGGGCCGCCUGGCCCGACCGGAGACACAGGCCCGGAGGGAUCACCAGGAAAGCAGGGCCCACCAGGAAUCGCUGGACGUACGGGAGACAAGGGACCGAUCGGAAACCCCGGUACACAGGGAACGCCAGGCGCUCCGGGACUGCCAGGUCCGCCAGGACCGCAGGGUCCAUCCGGACAGACGGGAGAGCGUGGACUGCGUGGUGAAACUGGCCCGCAGGGUGUAGACGGUCCACCAGGACCGAGAGGCAAACCGGGUCCGCCUGGGCUGGAAGGCCCCAAGGGUGAGAAUGGAGAACCAGGCUUGAAGGGCACGAAGGGUCACCGUGGGCUGAUCGGUCUGCAAGGUUUGCCUGGCCCGGCAGGACCUCCAGGAGACAAGGGUAACGUUGGCAAUGAAGGACCGCCCGGUAAGCCCGGUGAGGCGGGUCCACGUGGUCCUCCCGGACGUGAUGGAUCACCCGGCCCGCAGGGAAUGCUUGGCUCAGCUGGUCCCCGAGGUCCUCCUGGAAAUGAUGGCAAAAAUGGACAACCGGGUCAGCCGGGACCACCAGGACCGCCGGGGCCCCCGGGAGAUGGUGUCGGAUAUGAUGCGGCCGCUCUUGCUGCUCUCCUUGGCCAUGGUCAGAUGAGUAAUACAAAGGGUCCGGAUCCAAGCAUGGGCGAUGAGCCGAUGAAUCUCGGCCGUGUGUUCGAGCUGACGGACGAGGAGCGCCAGAAGCUCGUGGAGAAUGCGUACGAAAAGCUCAAGUCCGCCUUUGCCACGUUCAAGAAACCGGACGGCAAACAGAGCUCUCCGGCCAAGACGUGUCGCGAUCUGUUCGCCGCCCAUCCCGAGUUCACCUCGGGCCACUACUGGAUCGAUCCGAACGAGGGCGACGCGAGGGACUCGAUCCUGGUGUACUGCGAUGCUGAGCGGAAGGCAUCCUGCAUCCUACCGCAACCGCUUCGAACGAAGGAGCUGCAGUACGAUGGCGACGAGCAGGAAGUUUGGCUGGGCGAGCUGAAGGACGGCAUGAAGAUCAGCUACAAGGCGGACAGCAAUCAGAUCGGGUUCCUGCAGCUACUGUCCGCGAGCGCCUCGCAGAACAUUACCUACCACUGCCGGAACAGUGUCGCGUACUACAACAAGGAGAAGAACAGCUACCGGCAGAGCUUGAAGUUCCUCGCCUGGAACGAUGCGGAGCUGACGGCACGCGGCCCACAGCGACUGCGGUACGAGGCACUGCAGGACGACUGCCAGCACCGGACGGCACACUACGGCCAGUCCGUGCUCGGCUACAGCACCGACAAGCCGAUGCGACUGCCCAUCAUCGACAUUGCGAUCCGGGACGUGGGUGAGACGCACCAGCAGUUCUGGAUCGAGAUCGGUGCCGUUUGCUUCCAGUGAGAUCGAUAGAAUGCGGAAGGAAACACAGAAAUGGGGGGAUAUAUGGGGAUUCGAAACAGGGAUAACAGCAACAAACGAACGAAUGGUAAUGUUGGUGAAGCGAUUGUGAUGACUAUUUCCCUACCCGGACCGGGUAGUCGAUUCCUCUUCGUGCUUUGUACUCGGCAGAUGAGGGGUGGCGAUGACUGCUCGAUCAGUACCAUCAUUAUCGGGACAGCUCGUUCAUCGCUCUGCUGGAGUUACCGAAGCGCGAGUGCGUUUAUGUGUGUGUGUACAAAAAAAUCGAGAAAUACAGUAAUUUAAUGAUAA